GUUGCGAAUUUUGUUUUGCGUGUGCUUCGAAGAGCUAGCUUACGUGUGAGAAUUUGGUUGCCUAACGACGACAAAAGGUUGCUUCAGUUUUGGCCUAGACAUUCCGCCACAACGGCAGGAUGUCAGACAAUUGUUGCCAGCGGCUCUAUUUUGGGGACGAUCCUGCAGAAGAAUUAAAUAGCUCGACCGACUCGGGCUCGGAUCCGGGCCUUGUUCCUCAAACGCCAAAGCCCAAACAGAAACAGGUUGGCAAAGUGACACCCAUGCGGCGAGCACCUUUGACACCCGAGUUGACGCCGGUUGCCCAAGACGCGUCACAUUCGCCACCCACUAAGGGUCUUCGAACGCUUCGUCUAAUUAACUCGCCACAGACACCAAAAACACUACUGGAACGUAGUCAGCGGGAUAGAAGCGAAACUCGGGUACGGACUCGGCUGUUCGAGGACACGGGCUCACCGAUUCGUCGUUUGUCGCGUCUGGCCGGCAUGCGAACGCCAGGACCUCCUGCCCGGCAGACGCCCGCCAAACAAGCCCGACUGCCAAUGAAGACCCCACUAAUCGAACGGAAACAGGUUAACGUAAAUCCGUUUACGCCUCGAGGCAUACUGGAGUGCCAACGGAAACGACCUCGAGAUGAUACCAAUGAUAAUAACAACCAGAUCGUGGACUGCGAUACGGCGAUCUGCAGUGCGGAAGAUCAAUUGGAACGGCAGGCAAAGAUCCAAAGAAUGUACCUUUCCCCUAACGACGAGGCAUAUUCUCGAUACGAGAAGGAGUUCUUAGAACUGGAUCAGAUUGGCAACGGCGAAUUUGGCGCAGUAUUCAAAAGCAUCAACCGUCUUGAUGGAUGUAUAUACGCCAUCAAGAAGCUAAAGAAGCCGAUGCAAGGUAGUGCCGAAGAGAAAGCGUCAUUAACUGAAGUUUGGGCACACGCUGUGCUCGGCGUUAACAAACACGUCGUUCGUUACUACUCUGCCUGGGCGGAACACAAUCACAUGAUCAUUCAGAAUGAAUUCUGCAAUGGCGGCUCAUUGCACGAUCAAGUGAAAGAGAACAUACGUAACGGAGAAGCGAUGACUGAGGUCCAACUUCGUCGUCUGACAUUGCACAUAGCCCAUGGGCUAAAGUUUAUCCACGGACAGAAUCUCGUUCAUAUGGACAUUAAGCCAGGAAAUAUCUUUAUUUCUCGAAGCGACAACGCGAGUGAAGACGACGGCUUUGUUGAGGAUGAAAUCGAGGAGGGCAUCACAUACAAGAUCGGUGACCUUGGACUCGUCACGUCGUCGGUGCAUCCCGAAGUGGAAGAGGGUGACUGUCGUUACAUGGCGCCCGAACUGCUGCGCGACGAUCACUCCAACCUGCAGAAGGCUGAUAUCUUCAGUCUGGGUAUGACCAUCUACGAGGUUGGCCUUAGUAUAGAGCUACCGAAGAACGGCGAAGAAUGGCAACAGCUUCGUCGAGGCGAGCUUCGACUAUUGACACAUUGCAGCACCGAAUUCAACCAGCUGCUUCAGCGUAUGUGUCACCCACAGCCGGAGAAGCGGCCUACGGCACAGCAGCUCGUCUGCGACUCAUGCCUUGUUCCAUACGCCGACAAGUCGAAAGCUCAGCUUCACAUGGAGCUCAAUAUCGAAAAGUUCCGCACACGAGUGCUAGAGCAGCAGCUUGCAGUCGCGCUGGGUUUCCAGGUGCCACAGUGCCCAGCUGAUGUCCGACUCAACUUUGACUUCCUAAGUAACCCACCACCGUUCACGGCUAAUCGGACCAUCGCCAACGACAGCAGCCAGUCAAGCAACAACAACGUCAGCAGCAGCAGCAGCAGCAGUAGCAGUCAGCAAAAUGACGUAAUCGGACUGAAGAGCAACGUUAGCAACAACAAAAUCAGUGGUACCAAUCAUAGUAGCAAUAAUCACAACGACACAAAUAAUAAUCCUACCGUCAAUAAUAACAAUAAUAGUAAUAACAAUAAUCGUACGAUCGCGAUCAACAGGGAGUUCCCCGCCGCCCGACGGAACCUCUUUGUUGGGCGGGGUACAAUGCGAUCUAAUAGUGUACAGAACUUUUAAAUUGGGUCAGGACGUCUCGGAGUGGUCAGCUGACCUUGCCAAAGUCUUCCAUUUACUUGAGAGAAUACCACACUGAUUAAUUUGCCUGCUAAUUGUUCCUGUGCUUUUUCACGCUUGUGGCAAACAAGCAUUUUAAACUUACACAAGUCAGAACGACAACAUGGAUUGUAUAAAUGUCAUGGAGGUCGUUGCGCUUUCACUGAGACUAUACGUCGUUCCUAUCGCAGUCGAUCAGGCAGUAGCAGACAAACCUGGAACACCGUGACAAUAUUAUGUGCCGUUUAUUACUGUAUGAUUACUGAGCAUGGCGUAAUAGGAGUAAUGUUAGCCUUCCUCUGACAGUUAUGGAGGCGGCAUGGUAACAAUACUUUAUUCGGUGGCCAUACGAACACGACGUUAACGUUGCAGAACGGAUGUGUGUAUUAUGGCAAGGAGGAAAAAAACACAGUUGAAAACGAGUUAAAUAACAUGUUUUGAUCGUUAAUGUUUAAUAGGAAUGAUAGAACUGACAAUAAUGAAGUUGACGCUGAUCAUUGACUGAUGUUAUUAUUAAUAUUGUGACUAAUAAGAGAAACGAUGAAGAUGGUGAGGUGAUGAUGGCAAAGCAGAGGGAAAGGUUCUCGGCUAUCAAACGAGACCAUUGCCGAUAUAAUUACUAGCUAAACGCUAAAAGUCUGAAGUCCACCCUUUAAAGUCGACGAAAAGUCCACGAUAAAGCGCAACAAUUACAUACCUCGUGAGUCUGGGACGGGCUCGGCUCUCGAUAAGAGGGAGGCGGCAGAAAAAUAAAAAUCUAAUUAACUGCUUAGUAUACAGCAAAGGAGCCAUUCUAAGUGUGUAUAACGCAGGCUGCGUGAUAAUUGUACUAUGGAAACGAAUUACCAAGAAUUAUUAUUAUUAUUAUUAUUUCAAGUUUUACUGUGAAUGUAAAUGAUUUUCUAUAUUCCUAUCCUAGCCACCUAAAAAUUUACGUAGCCCAUGUUUAAUACAACACAGGAGUGAAGCAAAAUUUCAUAGGCGACACAUUUUAACCUUAAUGACAAGUAUAUUCACACGUAAAUAACGCUAUUUUUUUUUCGACACGAUGUAAAUAUGUUGUAUUCAAUCAAUCAUUCGUCAUGUAAACCCACUACAUUUUGUGUAUCAUCAUUUCAUCAUAAUUGGUCUAUGUAGAAACACUAGUGCCGGGUUACAGUUAGGCCAUUGGUAAACAGUCAUCACAGUCAUCAAUAUAAUCGUGGUAAUAGUAGAAUUUGCGAACGCUAUAUACGGUGGCGGCAACUUGUAUCUAGGGGAGGCGGAGGGGGUUGAUCCCACGAUAGGCGCGCCGUGACGACGUAGACUAAAGCGAAGUGUUCAACAAAAGCACAUGAGGGCUUUGUAUGUACAAAAUUGAAAUCCCUUAAUCUUAUAGUUAUUUUCGGCUGUUUGUUUAAGCUGUUGUCUAAACAAAGCGUAUAGAUGGAAUCAUAUCAUAGUCGAUAAAUGCGAAUGGUCUAAACGAAAAGUGCCGUAAACAAUAUUGACUAAACACUCGCAGUUGGGUAGCUAAGCGAAAGUGUCUCAUAUGAAAAGCCCAAACCAGAUAAAA